AUGGGCCAUUGGUUUUUAUCGAACAUUCCAUGGAAAUCAUUGAAGGUGUAUACUGUACUUGUGCUUGUAAUUUCACUUUUUAAUGGAGUGGAAAGUAAUGUAUUCAUAGCGGUCACUAUAGGAGGACUUUGUUUUUUCGUGGUUUAUAUUGCAUUCAAUUUUAUUAUUCUUAACGAUAAUUUUAGAGCAAUUAAAAGAAAUAUCAUAAUACCGGAAUAUAUGGAUAAACGACCGUUUAGAGUACUUGAUCCUGUAAAAAAAGAAGUGAUUUUACAGCAAAUACUUGCUAAUGUUAACAAUGCUGUUAAUACUAGAAUGAGAACAGAUUACUCAUUUACAAACACCAUUGAAUUAGGAUUAACAUAUAAUGAGUGUAUGACGAAUUUUCUAAAUAAAUUUGACAAAUCUGAUAAGGGGUUAUCUGAUAAGGAAAUCAAGGGUUGGGAUAGAAUUAUGUUGAUGGCCAAGAACAUGGAAGACGAAGAUUUGGAAUAUGCAAUAAACAAUACUUAUUCGCAUGAACUAGUAGAGAAAUAUGCCCCUAAGUGUCUAGAUAACUUGUCGAAGAGUCCUCUAGACCCACUCAAGACAUCAUAA